AUGUCCUCCGAGGAGAAGAUAAGAUGUUCGCACCUGCUCGUGAAGCACCAAAACUCCCGACGACCCGCGAGCUGGCGCGACACCACGGGUGCAAUCAUCACCAAAAAGACCAAAGAAUCCGCCAUCGAAGAGUUACUCGCGUAUAAAGAACAGAUCGACCAAAACGUGAUAUCAUUCGCGGAACUGGCGAAAAGAGUGAGCGAUUGCUCGUCGGCGAAAAACGGCGGGGAUUUAGGCCAUUUUGGAAAAGGCGCGAUGCAAAAACAGUUCGAGGAUGCCGCGUUUAAGUUAGAGGUUGGAGAGAUGAGUGGGGUGGUGGACUCGGACUCGGGUGUUCAUAUUGUGCUGCGCCUGGCGUGA